AUGCUUCGCUGGGUUGUCAAGGAGGUGGAAAGCCCGUACGGCGACGUCGCCACGAUGCACUGGGCGGUGGGCGAUGACGACACAGGCGAUGGCGGCAGCAGCAGCAAUAACGGUGCGACACACAGUGCAGCCGAUGAUUGCGACGAGAUGCAGCUGCUGCAGCAACUGGAGAGUGCCGAGGACCAGCUGGGCGCAGUGCUGUGGAACAGCAACAGUGUCGCCCUGCGCUACCUGCAGCAGCACGUGCUGCGCGACACGGCGGCGGCAGCGUACCGCGUGGUGGAGCUCGGCGCCGGUGUUGGUUGUCUCGGCAUCGCGCUGGCGAUGGCGGGGGCACGUGUUGUGACAACGGACCUGAAGGAGCUCGUACCGCUCAUGCAGAAGAAUAUUGAGCUGAAUGCCGCGCGGAUUGCGUCGCGGAGUCAUGGGCGCGGCGCCUGCACAGCACUCGCGUGGCGAUGGGGGCCACCCCCGCGGCCCAACCUGAAGAAUGCUAUAAAUAAGACCAAGGGAACGAAGGUGCAGCAACGGAAGGAAGAAAAGGUGGAGAAAAAGAUGGCCGGUGCGGCAGGGAAAGUGUCUUCGCCGUACGCUGUGUCGUCUGCGUCCUUCUCGGCGCUGCAGCGGCUGCUGGACCGCGUUGACCUUGUGGUGCUGUGCGACGCCCUCUACGGCAACCCGAAGGACUGGCCGCAGCUGCUGUACACACUGACGGAGAUUCUCGCCGCGAACCCGUCGUGUGAGGUGAUCAAUUUCUGUGAACAGCGUGUGGACGAUGUUGAGGGCGACUUUCUGCGGCUCCUGCAGCAGGAGAACGCCAAGACGUUACCGUGUGGUGGCACUGAAGCUGCGGAUGCGGGUUGUUUGGACGAGCACGAGAGUAUGGACGCGGCGCUGACGCGGAUGCGGGGGUUGCACGACUGGCAAACUUCAACAGAAGUCAUAAGCGACGCGUCAAGUGAUUUGGGCAUGACGGUGCGUGCGACACGCAUACGCUGGGUGCCGCGGCCGCCGCAGCAGCAGCAAAGGAAGCGACAGGCCUCGUCGUCGUCGUCGGUUUCGGUUGGUGGUGAUGAUAAGGUCGGGGUGGAACCGCCACGCAAGCGGGGAAGAGCCUCGUGA